AUGGCUCUCUCCCUCUGCUGCUCCGCCAAGUCCUUCGCCGUCCUCAUCCUACUCUCCGCCAUCCCCAUCGCUUACGUCAUCCACUCCGAGACAUCCGCGCGUGCCACGCACGUGUUCGCCUACCACAGCGGCGGGUGGCUCCGCGAGUGCGCCAAGUGGGACAUUCUCAACCGCCGGUUCCUCGUCUCCUUCUUCGAGGGCGGCCUCGGGGUGGUUCCGGUGCAGGAACACCCAUCCGAAGACGUUCAACAGGAGAUUCCGGUGGUCGGCGGCGCCGGCUUAGGAAGGAAUUCGUCGCUGGGGUUAGCCGUCGAUCGGCCGAGGAAUCGGGUGGUUGUGGCCGUCGCCGAUGUAGUUGGGAACAAGUACAGCGCCGUUGCGGCCUACGAUUUGACCACGUGGGAUCGGCUUUUCCUAACCCAGCUCAGCGGACCAGAUGAAAAGGCGUGCGCAGACGAUGUGGCCAUCGACCUACACGGCAACUCGUACAUAACCGACACGAAGGGAAACAAGAUUUGGAAAGUCGGGCCCAAUGGAGAAUUGUUAUACUCUAUUAAGAGCCCCCUCUUUGCUCCCAAAGAGUGGUACCUCAAUAUAGUCGGACUCAACGGCAUUGUCUACCACCCAAACGGUUACUUACUUGUCAUCCAUACUAUAACUGGUAAACUAUUCAAGAUCGAGUUGAUGAAUGAGGGUAAUAAUCAUGAAGUCAAAGCGGUCAAACUAGUCGAGGGCUCGUUGAGAUUUGGAGAUGGGUUGGAACUUUUGUCUCCCACGAGGCUCGUUGUUGCGGGUAACCCUUCACGAUUGGUCGAGAGUUUGGAUGAUUUCGAGAGCGGGAAAGUCGUGGGGAAGUUCGGUGGGGUUACUCAUCGUUUGGUUACGGCUGCGACCGUGAAGGAUGGGAAAGUGUAUCUGAAUCAUUUGUUUGGUUUGGGGUAUCCUAAGAGAAAGCAUGUGCUUGUUGAGGCUGAUUUUUCUUGA